CCAGGCGAUGUCAUACGUAUGCAAAGCAAGAAUAGGAUAGAAGAGAGUCCUUUCGGAUUAGUCCCAUGGAAGAAUGUCAAUCUCCCGAAGCUUUCGAUGUUCUUAACUCUGAAGAAAUUCCCUACCAUUUCGUUUGUUGCGUUUGCUUAUUGCGGUCAUAUAGCAUGUUUUUGGUGCGUUCACAAAUCAAUGAAUUCUCAAAAGGAGUCUCAUUGUCCAAUUUGUAGAAAUCCAUACGCUCACUUCCCUGGAAUUUGUCAAACACUUCAUUUCUUGCUGUUAAAGUUAUAUCCGAUUGCAUACAAGAAAAGGGAAGUCCAAACUCUAGAGGAGGAAAAGAGAGUUGGCUAUUUCUCUCCAGAGUUUAAUGAUCACAAAUGUAAACCACGAGCUUGUACCAACGAAGAAAAGGAUCGGAUUUCAGCUGCGGAUUUGCUUUGUACCGCAUGCAAGCAAUUGCUUUUUCGUCCUAUUGUUCUUAACUGUGGUCAUAUUUACUGUCAAACUUGCAUCAUCUUCCCAGCCAAUGAGAUGCUUAGAUGUCCGUUUUGUCAAUGUUUGUGUCCAAGUAGUUUUCCAAAAAUCUGCUUGACGCUUGAUCAGUUUUUGGCGGCUCAAUUUCCCAAUGAAUAUUCUCUAAGAAAAGCUUCUUCCAAGCAUGAUAGAGCAACCACCUGUUCUGUGGAAUCUAGUAAAUUAGAUUUUAAACCUCUCGAGCUGCCCUCAAGUGGUCGUCUUCCUUCCUCUGUUCAAGCUAGCUCAUAUAAACAUGUAGGAGUUGGUUGCGAUGCUUGUGGGAUGUCUCCAAUAAUUGGGGAUAGAUACGAAUGCAUAGAUUGUACAGAGAAAAUAGGAUUUGACCUUUGUGGAGAUUGCUAUUCUACUCGGCCUAAGCUUCCGGGCAGAUUCAAUCAGAGACAUACCCCAGAACACAGGUUUGAGCGCUUACAAAGCUCCGACUCGAACGCCCUCCCCUGGUGGCAGAACCUUUACAGUGCCUCAGGCUCAAGUUGCAAGGAUGGCAGUGUUAUUUGGAGUGAAGAGUACGUAUAUGCGUGUAUUUUGUAUGUAUUUGCACGAGUGUGUGUAUAUAAAAACAAAAUAAGCUCAAUAUGAAUGUGUGAACU